AUGGCUUCUAUGAGUAAGGGGAAUCCAGCACAUACUGAACAGAGGUGGGCAGCUCUCUGUAACACCAAGACCGAGAUGUCGACUCGUACUCCACGUAUAUGGCAGAAAGGAAUCCAGAAUUAUGUCUUCCUUCCUGACUUCUGGAUGGCCGUAGUUUCGACUCCCGUCGUUGGACGAAAUAAGGUGCCUAGAAACUGUGUGAAAUUCGAGGUGGAUCCAAGAAUGACAAAGCACGAUGUGAGGGAAUACCUAACUAAGAUCUACGACCUUCCGGUAAGAAGUGUCCGCACAGAAGUGCAAAUGGGUGAUAUUACCUGGAGUACACCGCUGGAUCCUCAGUACAAAAAAGCAAUGUGGAAAGAGAAUGACAAAAAAUUCGCAUAUGUUUUUAUGAGCAAGGACUUCGAAUUUGUUCCUCCGAACGUUCUACCUACUGAUGAUGAACAAGAACAGCUACAAAAGGCCAGAGAACAACAGGAGAAGAUCACUGUGAACGAUAGAUUCGUGAAUCGGGACAGGAAGAAGAUUGGAGAGCUGUUAGGUCUUUGA